GUGACGAUGGCGCAUCGAGUCAUCUUCAAACCUAUUACAACGGCAUCCCUUGGAAGUGUGAACAUCGUGUCCUCCAGGUAUUUAUCUGGACGGAACGGUAGUUGGUUCCUCCUGCGCCGUCACAUUCGAUCAUACGCACUAAGAGAUCGCGACAGGAUGGACGAAGAGUAUCGUAUCAUGCGGGCACCUUUUAGACUAAGGAGGCUGUGGGAUCGGCUGGCCGAGGAUCGGUCUCUCGCAAGUGUUGUGGAAAACCUUGAGAUUCAACGAGAAGUAUGGCUAUGGGCUUCGGAUCCCGACCCUCCCAAAGUUCCUCAAGAUUAUAUGGAAGAAGCAGUAGCUCUGCUACCUGGCUCCAAAGUCACCGAAGAAGAUGACAUACCACAUCUGCGAGAGACAGAAAAGUCGCUUGUUCGCGCGCUACGGAACAUGUCUAACCUAAAAGGUUUCAAGUGGGGCCGAGUGCCGCCUCUAAUCGACGCGCGAUAUGAUGUUGAUGCCUCCGAGGACUUGUGGACCGCACUACGGUCUAUUGAUACACUCCGCGAACUUGAAGUUGUAGAUGCUAGCGACCCGAGUCAAUGCGUCAUAAGGACCAAAUUUGGGCUGAAGUGGCAUAGGCGGGUGCAUGAUUCUGGUAUCUUCACGCUCGGACACUUAACAGUUUUCAAAUACGCGACAUUCGGCUACAAUGGACAGUCCGAGAGAAUUCCUACAGAGGCCAUGACCGAUAUGCUCGUCAAUCGUUGCGCGGAUCUGCGGGAGCUUGAACUUAGCUUUGCUCAGUUCAACAAUCAAGAGGAUGAUGAUAUUGCGCUUGAUUUUACCAGCACCGGUCUAAACACGCUUUUCACUCUCGCGAACUGGCCUCAACUGGAAUCAAUUGGCCUUUAUGGAGCGCAUAUGAGACCAGACAGUUUAUCGCAAUUCCUUACGAGACAUAGAUCUCUGCGUUCGUUCCGAGUCAUGGAAUCGUGUACUCCAGCACGAUUUCUAAAGGCGGAUGAGUUUCCCCUCGUCCAGGAUGGCUCCAUCAUGGACAAAUUCUCCUUCCCCGAGGACACAUUCUCCGAGUUAAGCUCCCUCAGUGUGCCUUCAUACUUCAUCUCCUGGGUCUUGUCUUCUCCCCAUCGUAAGCUUCUCGCUCUAGAGGACAUUGGGUGGUUAGAAAGCGAACAUAUGACCGAUGAGCUUUUCAUGUUGCUUGGAGAGUUGCCUCGUCUCCGCGUUUUGCGAAUGUCAUCGUAUGAAGCCGAUGAUUUGCGGGCGCUUUCAUCCUAUGCCCCAGGUCUGCGGGAAAUAUACGGAAGUAUCAAUCCUCGUUCUCUGGCCCACGUGCUGGAUGCUUUCGCCCUCUUUCCUCAACUUGAAGUCGUCGAUAAUUACGCUUCCUGGCCGCAGCGUCUCGACGAGGAGGAGACUCCUCGUUUGCUUGCUCGGCUUGGGGGGGCAUGCUCCAACCUACGUCGAUUUCAUGGUUAUGAUAUUGGCAGGACUGUCAAUGGUGACGUGGUCGCGCGAAAUGUCAGGACGAAUUUAUUCGGUGUGCCAUCACAGAUUUUCGUCUAGAACAUUGGUCUCGUCAUGUCUCCGCCUAUCUUUCUACCGACGCGUUAUGCACCUCACGUUUAUCACAAUAUAUUG